CAGGGAGGGAUGGAGCUACGGGCGUAAGGCAGCUGGAGGGGGCGGCCCGGGAGCUGCUGCUGCCAUUGGGGGCCAGGAUCGGAAUCUGGGGAGGAGGGGGCCAGUAUGUGUGCCUCGGUCAAGUACAGCACACGGGGUCCCGUCCUCAUCCCCAGGAUGAAGUCCAAGCACCGCGUCUAUUACAUCGCUCUCUUCUCCGUGGUCCUGCUGGGCCUCAUUGCCACCGGGAUGUUUCAGUUCUGGCCUCACACCAUCGAGCCUUCCACCGACUGGACCGUGGAUAAGCGAAGCGUCCAUGGCGUGCCGUCGGUCAAGCUCUUGCCGGACAGCCCUCUCCCAGAGAGGGGGGACUUAAGCUGCAGGAUGCACACCUGCUUCGACGUGUACCGCUGUGGAUUCAACCCCAAGAACAAGGUGAAGGUGUACAUCUACCCGCUGAAGAAAUACACCGAUGAGUACGACGGGUCAGUGGGGGGCACCAUCUCCCGCGAGUACAACCAGCUUCUGAGUGCCGUGUCCCAGAGCGACUUCUACACGGAGGAUGUGAGCAGGGCCUGUCUCUUUCUGCCCUCCAUCGAUGUGCUCAACCAAAACAGUCUGCGCAUUAAAGAGACCGCACAAGCGCUGGCACAGCUUCCCAGGUGGGACCGUGGUUCCAACCAUCUGCUGUUUAACAUGCUUCCUGGCGGCCCCCCGGAUUAUAACACUGCUCUGGAUGUACCCCGAGACAGAGCCUUGUUGGCUGGAGGAGGAUUUUCGACGUGGACCUACCGGCAGGGUUAUGACGUCAGUAUCCCAGUGUACAGCUCCCUGUCUGCAGAGGUGAAUCUGCCUGAGAAAGCACCCGGCCCCCGCGCCCACUUCCUCCUCUCCUCCCAGACUUCUUUGCACCCAGAGUUCCGCUCAGAGCUGGAAGCCAUUCGGGCAGAGAAUGGAGAAUCGGUGCUGAUCUUGGAAAAGUGCAGUAAUUAUACCGACGGUGCCGCGGCACACCGCAAGCGCUGCUACAGGAACGUGGUGUACGACUACCCGCAGAUCCUUCAGGAGUCCACCUUCUGUAUAGUGCUGCGGGGGGCUCGGCUGGGGCAGUCGGUUCUCAGUGACGUCUUGCAGGCCGGUUGCGUGCCAGUUAUCAUCGCAGAUUCCUAUGUGCUUCCCUUCUCUGAGGUCCUGGAUUGGAAAAGAGCAUCGGUGGUGAUACCAGAAGAGAAGAUGUUUGAAAUGUACAGCAUUCUACAGGCCGUUCCUCAGCGGCAAUUGGAAGAGAUGCAGCGUCAGGCUCGCUGGUUCUGGGAAGGGUAUUUCAGCUCCAUGAAAUCCAUCGCUUUGGCGACGCUACAGAUUAUUAACGACAGGAUCUACCCCUACGCGGCUCGCUCGUACGAAGAGUGGAACGACCCACCCGCUGUGCAAUGGAGCAGCGUAAACAACCCCCUCUUCCUGCCACUCAUCCCCCCUCAGUCCCAGGGGUUCACCGCCGUGGUGCUGACGUACGACCGGGUGGAAAGCUUGUUCCGCGUCAUCACUGAAGUCUCCAAGGUCCCAAGCCUGUCCAAGCUGCUAGUGGUGUGGAAUAAUCAGAACAAGAACCCCCCCGAAGUUUCUGUUUGGCCAAAGAUCCGGGUUCCACUAAAAGUCGUUAAGACCACUGAGAACAAACUGAGCAACCGCUUCUUUCCCUACAGUGAAAUUGAGACAGAAGCCGUUCUGGCUAUCGACGAUGACAUCAUCAUGCUGACAUCAGACGAGCUUCAGUUUGGUUAUGAGGUAUGGCGGGAGUUUCCAGACAGGUUGGUGGGAUACCCGGGCCGACUGCACCUGUGGGACCACGAAAUGAGCAAGUGGAAAUAUGAAUCUGAAUGGACAAAUGAGGUGUCGAUGGUUCUGACCGGUGCUGCUUUCUACCACAAGUACUUCAACUACCUGUACACCUACAAGAUGCCCGGCGACAUUAAGAACUGGGUGGACGCCCACAUGAACUGUGAAGAUAUCGCCAUGAACUUCUUAGUGGCCAACGUGACUGGGAAGGCACCUAUUAAGGUGACCCCCAGAAAGAAGUUCAAGUGCCCAGAAUGCACGGCCAUUGACGGGCUGUCACUGGAUCAGACCCACAUGGUGGAGAGAUCUGAAUGCAUCAAUAAGUUUGCGUCUGUGUUUGGCACUAUGCCGCUAAAGGUGGUGGAGCACCGCGCUGACCCCGUGCUGUACAAGGACGACUUCCCAGAGAAGCUGAAGAGUUUCCCCAACAUUGGCAGCCUGUGAAAGGGGGCGGAGCCUUCUGUUUCAGAGCGACCGCAGCGCCAUUACCCCCCCCCGCCCACUUUAGUCUUUCCAUUUCACUCGCGUUUUAUUCGUGAUUUUACCACAUCUCUCCGAGCUGCUCUCUCCAGUUAUAACGGUCGGACCUGUUAACAGGCGUCUGUGUGUUUUUAUAUUAAAUACCUGCCAGCGACCAAUCAGAA